AUGAACUCCAAGGAUGCUCUGAAUUAUCCCAGUUACACCCAGCUGAUGCAUCAGCUAAGGAUCCCCUUACGUCAGGCAGCUUUCUGGCUGAGGCAGGGGCUAUGGGAGAUUCAUCCCUAAGGCAUCAGGUUCUGCACAGACAUGUGGAAACUCUUCCCAAUGGCAAUACUGGCAGCCAGCAUUUUGACCAUGAUCCACAGCAGCCUCCUCAAUUUCAAAUUCAUGAUCCGGAGAAUUACUAGGAAAAGUGCCUUAAUUUCCUAUAAUGGGUAUGGAUGCCACUGUGGACUCGGUGGGAGAGGGCAGCCUCUAGAUAAGACAGACUGGUGCUGUCAUGCCCAUGACUGCUGCUAUAAGGAGUUAACCAACCAGAGCUGUCACCCAUUUUUCGAUCAUUAUCGAUACUCCAUCAUCGACAAAGAUGUUAUGUGCUGGAACACAAAUAAUGCCACCUGUGCAAAGCGAGCAUGUGAAUGUGACCGGACAGCGGUCCUGUGUUUCAGAAAGGAAGCAAGCAGCUAUCACAAAGGAUACCGCUAUUACUUCAAUUUCUUCUGCAAAGGAUCUACCCCCCGUUGCUAA